GUGGGACAGUUUGACCUGGUGAACGAAGUUGGUCAAGGAACUUACGGCCAGGUUAGCAAGGCGCGGAUCAAAAACACAGACCAGCUGGUAGCUCUCAAAAUGCUCAAGAUGGAAGCUGAUCGAGACGGUUUCCCCGUUACGGCGCUACGAGAGAUUAAAAUUUUGCGCCAGCUGCGCCAUGAAAGCAUCAUCAACUUGAUCGGUAUCGUCGCCGAUGUCCAUAGCAAUCGUGACCUUCUCAAGCGCAAACCGGCAGCCUUUUAUCUGGUAUUUGAGUACAUGGAGCACGACCUCUACGGCCUCUUGUCCUCCAAGCAGUGCACGCUUGACCAAGAGCAGAUUCGCUACCUCAUGUUUCAGCUUAUGGAUGGACUGCGUUAUUGCCAUGCCAAGCACUUUAUCCACCGUGACAUCAAGGGUGCCAACCUUCUGGUGGACAACCAAUGUCGACUAAAGAUUGCAGACUUUGGCCUUGCACGACUUUAUGAGGAUCGGAGUAGGGCGUAUACCAACAACGUGAUUACGUUGUGGUACCGGCCACCCGAGCUAUUGUACGGCGCCGAAGUAUAUGGCCCAGAAGUGGAUGUCUGGUCGGCUGGUUGUAUUUUAGGCGAGUUUUUCUUGUGCCGACCCAUGUUUCGAGCCGGCACCGAGAUUGAGCAGCUCCAUGCCAUCUCGAUGGCAUGCGGCACGCCUGAUCCGACCAACUGGCCUGAGGCCCAAAACCUCCCCGCGUUCAAGACCUUGCGGCCGCGCAAGCGCUACGAACGCAAUCUAGCGGGAUUUUUUCGAGCUGAGCAGCUGUACGUUCGUCGCCUGGGACUGCUAUCUCCACUCAUGGGUUAUUCCCCAACUUCUCGUUAA